GAGCGCAGGAGGGACACGGGCCACAUUGGGAGAACCUGCUAGGCAUCGUAUUUGAAGGAAAUCUCAUUCUCUGUGGCAUCUUUUACCGUUUUCUCUGCAUCAUGAAGUGCCUGAUCACACGAUUCUGGACAUUGGCUCUGCUGGUCUCCCAGGCUCAGAUUGGUGUUUCAAUGACUGUGCCAAAUAGUGUGGCAACAACUGAUGAUACUUCAAAUACAUUUCCAACUUUUCUGUCAACAAGUGAUGCAAGUUCAGCUACAAGCACAGAUACAACCGCUGUGCCAACAAUUGUAGAUUCGACAGCUCAACCCACUCGUCCAACACUUGAUACUUCACCCGCAAUAACCCUAAAAACUUCAGCUGCAUCUCGACCCACUGUGACGUUUGAAUCAGAUCCACCAACCACGUCUCCAUCUUCCACCAUGGGCUCUGCAGCGACCGAAUUUUCAAGCAACACUACUAAUACGACAAUGAUGACAAAUACCACGACGGCAGGGAAUGCCACGUUGACAACAGAAAAACAGACCUCAAUUUGGACGACUCCAUCAUCCAGCGACUCGCUGACAGUCACCGCCAUCAGCUAUACUCUAUCCAUGCUGCUGUACGUGAUCUUGAACUGAGCGCUACCUGAAAUCAGCCCCGGACUAAAGAAAAGCAUGACUGUUUUACAACCAACUCUAGUAUAUAAUUAAUAUAUAAAGGUACAGACUAUAUGUAUACAUUUAUAUAUAAAUGACUAGUAUAUUAAUGGUCAUUACAUUUACAGUACUAUAAGACAAAACUAGUGUAUUAGGUAAUAGUUUAAUUGAUUGUUGUAAUAACACAAGCUUAACAGCUCAACCUUAACAGCUUAAAAACUAGAAAAUAUUCUUGGUAACAAAUAAACUCUAUGCAUGAAUUUAUGUAAUUUGUUUUUAAAUAAUUUUUUUGAACGAAUGAGUUCAAGGAGUAAGAAGCGCAGACAAUAAGUGUCCAUACAUACAAAGUGGCUUUAUUAGCUUCCUUAAAACUGCAUCUAAUAUUUAAAAUGAAACAUUUAUAGUUUAAAAUAAAAAUGUCUGAAAUUAAAAAAAAAAA